AUGGCCGAUGUCGUCAGUGGGCUAACCAUCCGACUCCCUCCACUCUCUCAAGUACAAUUAAAAAAACCAGGGCCAAAAUCGUCGAUAGAUACCACUGUUCACCGAUCGACGUCUUUCAUCAUUCUCUCCAACCCAGCGUUGACUGAUGCGGAGAAAGAGAAGGCCAUCCGAGAAAUGGCUCUGAGAGGUCAUUUCCCCUUGAAGCCGAAUCACCAACCCGGAGAAGUUGAGCGUUUGAUCAGGUUCUUGAACGAGGGGUCGAAGAUGAUUGCGUUCGGUCCACACAGAAUCAUUUGUCAUUGCGGCCAAGCGAUUAGUUUGGAUAAUAGGACUUAUUAUGCUUGGGGCAACUGGAACAAGCACCAAAGCGGACCAUGUCCCGGUCCUAGAUCUAAUGAGGAUAAGGAGAACCUGGGCUCCUUCAAUGCAAAUGAGCAGGGCUCAUCCGCCUGCAAGGUAGACGAUACCAAAGGCAGCGAAGAAUACCUCGAAGGCGACGUAGACAAUGCGCGAAUGGGUUUCGAUGUCGCGGCUACGACCCAACAACGUCCUAUAGUUCAAAUAAACUAUCCAGUUCCAUAUAUCGAACCCACUGCUUUCCAUGCGAGACUUACUCUGCCCCAUGAUACUGUCUGUGAUACAGACUUGUCCAGGCAUCCGCUCGAGCUGGCUCAGGUGCUCUGCGAGCUUCCCACCAAGCUUGUUAUCUUCUCUCCUAUAGGCGAAGACAUGACUGCAGUCUCGAUUUUGGCAUCAAUGAGGAUUGAUGCACUCGAACAUCGUCGGGCUGCGCGCGCUGGUCGAAAAUAUUCCCCAGUGGGUGCGAUUCGACCUCGCAUCUUUCCGUCAAAAGGCCAGUACGAUACCGAUCCUUGA